AUGACUCAGCUGCAGCAGCAGUUUGAUCACAUGACUGAGGAGCUGCAGAACAAGCUUCUCUGGAAAGACGUGCUCUUGGUCAUGUGGGACAUGGGGCUGUUUGGGGCCUUUGCUGGAGUCCUUGGGCUGCUCUUGCGGCUCUUCUGGAUGGCCACCGAGCUGGACUUUGACGAGUCUGACAGCAGCGGUGACGAGAGCUCCUCCAGCAGUGAGCACGAAGAGGAAGCCCGUGUCAAUGAAUGGGACCUGGGAAGGUUUCUCAUGCAGCAAAUGCAGCUGCCAGAGCUGCACCUGGCCAAUAGGUGCCAGCUGGUGGAGGCGCUAGUGGGCGACCUGCUCCGCGCCUGCCAUCUAAUCAGUUGGAAGACGGUUCUGCCUCGGCUGCAAGCAUGCAUCGGGGUGGGCAGCACCUUCGAAGGCUGGAGCUCCCGUGGGGACACCGUCUACAGCCUGCUCGUGCCCCUGAAGCCACCAACUGGGCUCUCCUUCCACCUGGAGCUGGGCACUGGCGGGCAGGUGCCCGCGAGGGACGGCCCGGGUCCGCGUGCUGGAGGCAGCGGCUGCUGGGCGACCCACUGCUACCUGGACGUAGAGAAAACCGCCCACUGGCUCCACCUAAUAGUCAUGAACGCCUGGCUGCUUUUGCCUGCCUCGCACCACUGCCAGCUGACGGUGCUGCCCUCCUCCCGCUCCUGCAAGCUCCACCUGGAAAACACCGCUGGCAACUCCUUGGCCAUUGACAUGUUGCUUGGGGUGCAGCAAGGCGACUCGGCAGUUUUCCUGACCAGCCAGGAGGCAGAGGCCGGCCUCAGCAGCAGCACAACUUGGCUGGAGAGCUGCGCUGUUGCAGAGAUGCUGUUCUUCAGGUUCGUGGCCAGGCACGUCCCCCGCGACAGCUGCCACCUGACGUGUCUGCAGCUCUUUGCCCAUCUCCUGGAGGCCACAGCCUUGUCCCCCUACUGCUUGAAAACUGUGUUGAUGCACCUGCUCACAGUCACAGCUCUGUCAGGCUGGCACAGGCGGGAUCUCCUGCAGCGGCUCGAUGACAUCCUGCACUACCUGCACCGCUGCCUGGAGGAGAAACAGCUGCACCACUUCCUCCUAGGCAACGAGAGGGUGCCCGGGGAGGUGUCCCUGCCACCAGCCUUCCAAACGGCCAGCCCGCUCAACCUCUUCCAGUACCUGGCACAGCAGCCGGAUGCCCACGCCCAGGCGCUGCAGCAGUUCAGGGAGCUGCAAGAUCGUCUCCGGAGCCUGUUACGAUGA